GGGCGUUGGGGCUGAUGGGGAUGGUGGGAGACGGUGCGGAAGGCUAAGGAUGUAAGAGGCUCAAGUGCUUCCCCACUACUCCGACAGGACAGGACACGUCCCAACGUUGAUGUUUGACAUCAUCUCGAUCCAAGGCUCGGACUGGUCCCGAGGGCUGUGAUCACCCCAAAAGUGGCCUUCGAUAGCCCGCAACUGCGCACGGGCCAGCCACACCUGCGCAGCCAACUGAAGGCUUCGGCCGCGGCCGUUACGAACUUGGCGGUUUUCCCAGGGGGCGGGGCUGGGGGUGAGGUGAAGGAGCCUGAAGAAGCGUCCUCAGUUGCCAUGGAAAUGGGAGCCCGCGAGGGUCGCAACGGUCGAAAGGAGUCCCCGGAAAUCUGCCCUCCGGGAUUACUGGUGUUCGCCGGCUCUUCGGAACUGGAUGCCAGCUUGGCUAAGCAGUUCUGGCUCCGGGCUUCCUUGUAUCCCCCGAGUGAAUCCCAGCUGGUGCUGCGCCAGGGUAGCAGUCAGCGUCUGCCGGUGGCGCGGGCCUCCCAGAGCGUCGCGCCCGAGAAAAGUCACUCCCAGCCUUCUUCCCUGGAGAGGAACAAGAAUCCAGACAUCAUUGCUGAAGCCCUAAAGAUGCAAGAAUCUGAGGAGAAAAUGAUGUAUCUCCAAAAGAAAGAACUGAUUUCCCUGCCUUAUAAACCGAAGGUCAAGGUACAAAAACCAAAGUGCAUUAGCAGGAAGCUGGAUUGGAAGUGGAACAGCCAGAAUGUUGGUGUUACAGGAGGUGGCUUAACAGGAUACACCACAACACCAGCCCCUAUUAGGAUUUCUUAAGUCAAAUAAACCUCCUCAUGUAUAUUAAAGCCUGUGUAUCCACUUGUAUAUCAGUAGAACUUGCAAGCAUAAAUUGGCAUAACCUGGAGAGCAAAUCAGCCUUGAAUCUCUGUACACAUUCUCUUCCCUCCCUUCUCAUCCUGGGGUACUAGAGUCAGAGACCACCAUGCCUUGCUGGCUAUGCCUUCCCCUACCCACACUUAGUUUUAGGUCUAAGAGAUCCCCAGCUCUGAUUACACUAGUAUCACGUUGAGAGUUAUUAAAACAGUCCAUGCUGGCAAUGGUUUUAGACUCUAAGUGAUGAAUUAAUACCUUUCUUAAUUUCCUGCUUUUUUAGCCAGACUUAGCAUGCAAGGGUGGAGCAAAACUAACCCAAUCAAGAAAUAAUGAUUUAUCUAAGAGUAAAAUAGCAUUUCACAGCUUAAUGGGUAAUUCUCAUAAUAACUUAAAUGCUUCAUUGCUGAAUUCCUUUUGUACAUAAACUCUCUCCUCCAUCCUGAAGCCUUGAAUUUUAUUCCAUUUCACUGUGACAUCAUCCUCUUCUGAACUUCUGAUAAUUAUUUUCUGUACAAGUUUUUUGGCAAUGAUCAUGCAUUGCUCUGGCCAUAUUUUCUAAUUAUUUAAAUUCUUACUAUCUCUUAAGUUAUAUAAUUUUUCACAUAUGUUUGUCUUGUCUGUAGGUAUAGUAUAAGCUCUGUGAGGAAUUGGGUCACCAAAUUGCCUGACACACUGCCAACAUGUUAAAAUUCCAAAAAUAUGUGUAACAAACACUUUAGUUCAAAACUGUCAUAUAACUCACUAUUAGCUAAUUUAGAAAGUGAUGCUUUUAUACUAUAAAUUUAUAAACAUUUUUAAAUUUUGUAAACAUUUUAGAUGCAAUUGUGUAAAACACUUUGCUUUUGGCCUCUUCUCCCUCCAUCCUGUCCUCUCUGCCCAAACCUUCCCUACAAAGAGAUGCAGCCUUACUACCCCUCCAUCACAAGAUCUUCCUAAGAAUUGGAAAAUGGGUUCACAGUAAGGCUUUAGUGGUCCUGAGGCCUUUCAGAAGAAAUCCAAAGAGAAUCCACAAUGGGUAAUCCUGGUGAAUCAAUUACCAAUGAUGAAAUCUCAUGGAUUUGAUGCUUGGGUUAGCAAAAUACCUUUAGGGUAGGAGGUCUUCUCCCCUGCCCUUCAGAUCAAACUUUACAGUUUAGUGACCAUUUCUACAGAUAAGCAUAUAGUUGGUUGCAAAACCUAAUGUAUAUUCAUAAUCCACAACAGUAAAUUUUUGUUGAGGAAAUUUUCAAAAGUUAUUUUCAUGCUGCAUUGUGUUCAUAACUGAAUU